AUGUGGCGCGUUUUAGCUGCUGUGGCGAGAAAUCUCCAGAGCACGAAAAAGAGUUCGAAAGUGGCCGAUGAGAGCAUGUUGGAGGGCGCGAACGGAGUUGAGAUUCAUGUUUUUGGACAUGAAAAUGGAAGAAGAGGGCAUGGUGGAUUCUCAAUUAUACAUAGCAUACUUCAAGCACCAAUUUCAAUACUAUCAUGUGUUUCUCAUCCUAGGGUUAAUGGUUCUGAUGGGAUUUGGGUUACUACUGGUGAAUUCUCUCAGAUUUCUGAGAUGAAUCAUCUCAUGGUAAGUGAUAGCAUGAGAUAUGCAAUUUUGAUGUAG